AUGUCUCCAAGCCCAUCGAGCUCUAGCUCGUCCAUGCCUUCGUCAACAUCUUCGAGCUCCACCUCUAUGUCUCCGAGCAGCUCUACCACCUCGUCUCAGACUCCAACCAACACGCCUGACGUCAGCUGUGACAACCAAGGUCUUGCAUACGCCGUUCAAGACAAUCCCUACAGAAACGACUACAGUUCAUCUGACCCAUACUCUUCUUUCAAUGCAUCAUAUUUUCAGACAGCACCGGUGGAAUACGAGAGCACCACGACCAAACUUGGAUUCAACGCCUCAGACGGCUCUCCACCUCAGCAAGUUUACGGCCAAGGUCCUGACUUUACCACUACGAACAUCACCAUCAACAACCGUGGUUACCUAUACGCCAAAGAAUCUGGAAACUACACAUUCACCGCGCCUAGCGUCGACGACAUCUUCCUACUUUGGCUGGGGCCCAAUGCAUACAACAACUACACUCGAAGAGACGCCAAUCUGGUCCAAAACUAUGUUGAUCCUAGGCUUGGUUCAAGUGCAACGACAUACAGCAUUAAUCUCACCCAAGGAACCUAUACGCCACUACGUUUCAUCUACGCCAAUGCUCAGCAAGGCGGGAACUACGAGCUCAAGAUUACUGCACCUGAUGGUAGUACCAUUAUUGACAGUUCGACCACGCAAAAGAGUCCUUACUUGGUGCAAUACUCUUGUGAUGGAUCAGCACCUCGUUUCCCUGCCUUCGGUAACGAUGGACCAGGCUCUUCUGCCAGUACCAAGUGA